AUGAGGUUUGACCCCGUGACGACACACGCAGUGCAGAAAGCACUGGACCCGAAGGCGCUCAAGGGCUUGGAGACGCUGCGCGGGAAGAAGGACUCGGUGCUGCACGACUUGGUGACCAAGUGGCAAGAGGUCAGGAACCCGAGUUCAGGGCACUACGACUAUGACCCACACAAGGAGGUGUCGACUAUGGCACGCAUCGCAAUGUUCAAGGGCCUCGACCAUGAUGCCGCCGCGGCGUCCUCCAGGUGGCAGUUUCGGGUGGCCACCAAGCGCAAGCGCGUGCAGGCGAAGCUGCUGACACACGGUGGGUUCAGCUACUGGGCUGCGACUCGUGGUGCUCGAGCGGACAAGCAGCACUCUGAGCUGCAGGAGGCGCGGCGAGAGCUGCAGAAGGCGCGGCUGCAGACGGCGCGGCUGCGGUCGGAGCUCGAGGCAGAGGCAGAGGUGUCAGAACAUGCCGCACAGGAGAGGGCUGCCUUCAGCCAAGAGCUGCGCGAGCUGCGGAGCUCGCGGAGCUCGCGGUCCGAGAUGGCCUCGGCGGAGGAGACGGCGAACUUCCGGCGCCAGCCGUCGAUACAGGCGGGCCUCGAAACGCAGAUCGAGGAGCUCAGGAGGGAGCGGCAGGAGGCCUUGCAGCAGUUGCAGGGCGCCAAGGGGGCAGAGAAGGCCGCCCGUCAGGAGACUUAG